AUGGAAGUUACGGAGGAUGAAUUGACAGUUCAUAAAAUUAUUUUAGAGCAAGGACCGGUUUUUGUAGAUGAGAUCAAGAUUCACGAAUUAGUUGAUUAUGAGUUGCCAGAUACUUCCUGGGAACAAUUACAGAUAAUAUUAGAAAGUCUGCAUUCUUUUGGAUUAGUCAGAAAACGACAAACUCAUGACGAAAGGAUUUUAUAUCAAGCUCGUACAAAAGAAAUUGCAAAAAAAUUGCAAAACCUUGAUGAAAAAGAAUUCGAAAUAUAUGAGCUUAUAGAAAACUCUGAAAGAAAAGGUAUUGCAAAGUCUGAGAUCCAAAAGCAGACUAAGAUUGUACAAUCCAUAGUUGAAAGUAGUUUAAAGUCCAUGCAGGAUCAACAACUGGUUAAAGAGGUCAAACCAAAGGUAAUACUUUCUUCCGAUGAAUCUCUUAGCAGAUUAUUAUACAAUAAUGGAGAUGUUGAUACAUUUGUUGUAGAGACUUUAAAAACUUUAUGCUUAAAUUUCAUAUAUCACAGAAGUUUUCCAAAGGACAUGGAUGAGAAUUCAAUAUAUUUUCCUGGCUAUACUGGUUACGCGACUCUAACAAAAAUUUUACAAUGUAUACAAGAGUCAAAAGUAAUCACUGAUGUAGAAGUUGAAGAAGCUGAUAUACGUCAACUUUUAGAUGUUCUUAUUUUUGAAGGGAAAAUCGUAAAACGAUUUUCGAAUAUAAUGCCUGAUUCUGAUAUAAUGGAUUCUAUGGAUAUAAAUCAUGAAUCUCAAGUUGUAUAUAUUGCAAAAAAACCAAAAGCUGUGAGCAAUGCUUGGACUCCCACACCAUGUGGCAGAUGUCCGUAUUUUAAAGAAGAAUGUACUGAGGAUGGAGAAAUCUCGCCGUCUAACUGCGUUUUUUAUCCCCAAUGGCUUAACAGAGGUCUUACUAUGAUGCACGAAUCGAAUAGGACCAAAGGAAAGGGAAAAAAUUACAUGGAAUGGUGA